AUUACGGUAAAAAACGCAAACCCGGAAGCGCAACAAAAACACGGCUCAAGCAGCGCGUUGUGCUCUUGUUUUUUCGUGUAAAACUACUUUGCUAUUUGUGAUGUCGCUUCAAGCCAUUUCCAGAGAAGCUGUUGCAGGCUGUCUCUCGCUAGGAGCCGUGUUUGUCGCUGGUUAUUACUUGGGCAGAAGAAAGUCGACCAUGAGUAUCUCCAAAAGUCACUGUGGAGGCCAGAACGAUCCCCUGAUGCAGUAUAUACUCAACCACUCGCUGAGGGAGCACCCGGUCCUCAAGAAACUACGAGAGAGGACGAUGGAGGAUCGCUGGAACAUUAUGAUGGUGGCCUGUGAACAGUCCCAGUUUAUGGUGAAUUUGGCCAAACUCAUCAAAGCAAAGAAAGUGGCAGAGAUCGGCGUUUAUACAGGAUACAACACGCUGAACAUGGCGCUGGCAUUACCUGAAGAUGGCGUGAUCGUGGGCUGUGACAUCAGUGAAGAAUACACCGGCAUUGGAAAGCCUUUUUGGAAAGAGGCUGGAGUUGACCAAAAGAUUGACCUGCGCUUACAACCUGCUCUAAAUACUUUAGACGAUCUCCUCGCCACUGGAGAGGCUGAGACUUUUGAUUUUAUUUUCAUCGACGCCGACAAAACCAACUACGACAACUACUACGAACGCUCUCUGAAACUGCUCAGGAAAGGAGGAGUCAUCGCCAUUGACAACGUUUUAUGGGGAGGACAGGUCCUGGAUCCCAAAGAUGCUGACACCGUAGCCAUCGAUAAACUCAACAAGAAACUUUUACGCGACUCAAGGAUUAGCCUGAGCAUGCUGCCAGUGGGAGAUGGUCUAACGCUCGCCAUCAAACUAUAACAACUCAGGAAAACUAACAUUACAGUAAUCUACAAAUCAAACAGACUGAUCACAGUAACGAAUGUUGAAAUAUGAUAUACUGCCACAGAAAAAAGAUCACAAUAGGCUCUUUGCACAAUAGCACCAGGCAACCUCACUGUUAGAUCAAAUUGGACAGGAAGUAGUGACACUGAGGUUUUUGCUGAGUCACACAAAAGUGAAUAAACAUUUAAAGAUCAGACAGUGGACAGAUAGCUGCGGGUGGGUUAAGGGUCAGAGGUUAGGGGGUUAAGGUCAGACAGUGGGCAGGGAGCUGCAGGUGGAUGUCUCUGACAACAUGUUAAACAUUACACACAGAAAAUAAGAAUACUUCUCCAGAGACACUUCAGUGUUUAGGAAGAGACAUGUUUGCGUCUUGAUGCUAAUGCUAAUUUUAAGGCAUAAAAAAAUACUAAAACAGCACCACAAACUGAAGUAUUGUCUGAAGUCUACGUUUAGAAUAAUUGGGUAGUCUUUGUUUUAAAUUAUUUGAAUUAUAAUAGAGUAUUGUAUGUUUUCUGAUUUUAAUAAAAGUGACUUAUCUGUUAACAGUGAGCUAGCUAGCGUGCUACUGUGCAGAGCCCAUUUUAAAUAAUAAUAAAUGAUAUAGACAGUACUAGUUAAUGAAUGAUGAUUAAUAGCACUAUAAUUAGACCCUAUGACUCAUUAAAGUAUUUAUUAAUUAAAGGGGCCUGUACCAGAUUUUUUUCCCCUAUGUAUUUGAGCAACAUUUGUCUUGCCCCAGUUCAAAUCUAUUGUAUAAGCAGCUCUUGAGGCCAAAACAAUUCGGCUGUUUGCUGUCUGCAUCAAAUCAUAAAGCGUUUUGUUGUCCGAUAACCAGGAAGUGCUUGUUAGCUUUCCCAUGACAGCAAAACUCCACUCUGGUUCUGACAGUUGUGAAAAGCACUUAAACUCAUCGCCACGAGUAAUUGGGACGCUCGGAAUGCAUAAGGUAAAUGAGGAAUAACUUUGGUCCACUUCAAAAUGUUUAAAAUGAACUAGGUAUGUUUUUCAUGUUUUUAAGACCGUAAAAUCAGAUACAGCGCCUUUCCCCGUGAGUAAUUAUCCUGGCAGUCUUAAAACCAAUACGAUAUAAUUAACUGUUUUGGGUUUUUUUGCGCAACUUUUUAUAUUUUUCUUAUCACAGAUGAGCAUUUAUGGCUGGUCAAGUAUUGUAUUGUAGUGUGGUAACAUAUGUAAGAUGUAAGACUCACCAAUGUAACCGAUAAUGUUAAACUAUCAACGGAGCUCAACAGUGACAUCCCCUCAGUUUCAGAAGCAAAUUUCCUAUUUAUUUUUCCCCAUAGACUUUCCAAAAAAAAGCCAAGUUAUUAAAACAUUUAUGGUUAUAUAUUAGCUGGUUAGCCUACGCAAUGUCUUUGAACCAUAGACUGUAUAUAUAAAUGGACAUAGCUAACCUGCUAGCCGCCUCCAAAUAGGAGGUGAGUAUGGGCGCGCUUCCAGCUCCAAUUCUCUUUACAUCCCUCUGUAACUGCCACAGUGAGCCUUGUCAUAUUGGUCUGUUUCUAUUAACCCGCUUGUGUCUGUAAAUCAAGAUAUGAACAUUAGUAACAGACAAAUCAGUCGCCUUCUCUGCCUGAUGUGGCACCUGCUAGCGUUAGCAACAGGUUUGAUUGACAGUGCUGCUAAGCGCCCGCUCCAUGCUAAACCAGCGGUUAGGGCAGGAAGGGGCAUUAUCUUCAACAACUUUGCUCCAGAUUGGCUCUUUGGUUGCUAUGAUACUCGUGGUCAAAAUUUCAAAUAUAGAACUCAGCUCCAAAUUGGCUCCUAUAACUGCUCUAGUCUCGAUGAGCUUAAUUUGACUGAAGCUGAACGCUGUGGGUGACGUCACACUCACUUAGUCCAUUCCUUUAUACAGUCUAUUCUAUUCAAGUUUAUAUAACGCAUUUAAAACAACUUGAGGUGACCAAAGUGCUCAGUCUAUAAAAAAGCAUACAGAUAACGUGAAAAGAACAAUAAAACACCAAGAUAUUGUGUCUAGCUAGUGUUAAAUGCAUUAAAGACUGAGAGGAUUUGACAGGGAAAAUCUAUGGGAAAAAUGAAUUGAACAUUUACUUAAGGAUCCAGAGCGAGCUGUCACUCUUGAGCUCCAUUUUUGAAAACGAAAAUACUACUAAAAUAACCCUGAUUUUUGCCAUUAGCGUGAAUAAAGUGAAAUUAUGUGAAGACUCAUUGAAAUGUUAAUUGUAUAAGUGAUUUUUCCAAAUUGGGCAAUGCCUGAAUUCUUCUAAUUAUGUGAGUUUGUAAUGAAAAACUUGUCAAAACACAAAAUAAACCAUAAUUUUUACAACUCUAU